AUGGAAUAUAUAGAUAAAGAGUUGAUACCUGCUGAACAUGAAGAAGAAAUAUUAGUAUUGAGAUCUAUAUUUAAUGAAGAUUUCGUGUCAGUUGAUAAUGUAGAUCAUCAAUCGACAUUUAAUCUCAUUGUUCGUUUUGAUUCAUUACCAGAGAAAAUUCUUCUCAUUCAUAAUAAAUCCAAUGCAUCCACUGAAGUUUCUCAUUUGCCACCUAUAACUCUUCACAUUACCUAUAAAAAUACUUAUCCAAAAAUCGAUCCACCAUUGUAUUGUAUUGAAUGUGAUUAUUUAACAUGUGAUCAACUAUCGUCAUUGGCAAAUAAAAUGGAUAAAAUGUGGAUAUCAGGUGAUGUUAUUGUUUAUACAUGGAUUGAAUUGUUGAAAGAUUACUUUUUUAAUUUAAACAAUCAAUUUAUUCUAUUCGAUAUUAAUUCUUCAACAGAUGAUAAACGUUUUCGAACGAAUUAUGAUAAAAUUGGUUCGAAACAAAUCUAUGAUCAAUUAGUUGAAUAUAAUCGAGUACAAAAUCAAUCGGAAUUCGAACGAACAAUUCAUAUUUGUCCAAUUUGCUUAGAUGAAAAAUCUGGAAGAAGUUGUUUAAAAUUUGAAAAAUGUCAUCAUUAUGCUUGUCUUUCAUGUUUAAAUUCAUAUGCUAUUCAGCUUUUAUCGCGUAUUCAAGAAAAUAAAGCAAUAAAUUGUUAUGAAUGUGAUUCGCCGUUAUUUUUAACGGAACUUCGUCGAAUAUUUUCUGAUGAUAAAUUAUUAUUAAAAUAUCAAAAGCAUUUAUUGGAACAAACUACUGAUAUGGUAUGGUGUCCACGUUGUCAUCAUUCCAUUAUAUGUGUACCACCAGAAAGUACAUCGGGCAAUCAUCGAUCAUUUGCUGAAUGCGUUCACUGUCAAUUUAUAUUUUGUCGUCGAUGUCAACAAAGUUGGCAUCCACAAGUACAAUGUCCAAAAGAUGCAAUGAUUCAAGAUAUUCAACAAAAUCCAAAUGCCGAUAAAGAUAAAUUGAAAUUAAAUAGAAUUGAAUUAAGUAAAAUUCUACUAGAACUAGACAAUAUUCAAAUAAUUGAACAGUGCACAAAACCUUGCCCGUCAUGUCAAGUUCGUAUUGAAAAGAAUGGUGGUUGUCAACAUAUGAAUUGUCGACAUUGUCAAAUACAUUUUUGUUGGUUAUGCGGAUGGUAUGGACGUGCUUAUGGGCCACAUCCAUGCAAUGUUAAGCCUGAAAAACAACAAGCAAGUCUUCCAUCGGAGAUGAACGAGAAACUUGAACAAAUAUUUCAUGAUGAAAAUGGAAAACAAAUUAUUCAUGCAGUUAUAAAACGAAUACAAAUGUGUCCGAGAGAAAAUUGUCGUCAAACUCAUAUCAAAGUUGGAGCAAAUAAUUUGCUUAAAUGUGAAAAAUGUGGAAAUGAUUUUUGUUUCUUAUGUGGAGAAGCUGUUUAUGGAAAGUUUCAUUUUUCGGAAUAUGGCUGUAAAAUUACUACUCAACUUUAG